UGAGUAGUCUAUGAACGUGCCGUCCUCGUACUAUUGAUCAAGUCGUAUCUCGAACUGCAUCUUCACUCUUCAGUCUUUACUUAUGAGUGCUUUAGGAUCCAGAUUUCGUCUGGAAUCGGCCAGGAAUCUGGAUAAAUGCUGACUAUCUUGAAUCCUUGAUCAGUUUUAUUAGAGUACGAUUCAUCACUUAACCGGGAGCAUUUCAAAGGCUGCUGCUGCCUUUGUUGUUUCUGUGCGCGAUCAUGAAUUAUCAGAGGCUGCAUUACUAUUUAAUCAGUACGCUAGCGGUUCAGCUUUUCUGAGUGAUAUCAUAUUGAUAAAAGCAGGCAUAUUGGCAUAUUUUGGUUAUUAUUUUGCAUGGAUCAUCUUCGGCUAACGAUUGCGAAAGCCGAAGCUGUGCAUUUUGUAAUCGGUACAAGCGAUUAUGGCUAUGGCAGUGAUUUAUCAGCGUUUGCACUUGCAUGGAGUCCAUUGACUGAGAUUGCAGCAUGCUUGGAGUCGGGUUCUGGCCCAUAGUUCCUUGAUUCAAAGUGCUGCAUUAUUCGAUUCCCAUCAAUGCUCCAGUGAUAAGUGUUGCUGUUUUUUGUGUUCCUUAUCGAUAUUUCAGGCAAGAUGCUUCACGUUAACAAAGCCCUGAUUCCUUUGAAGUUGUUCUUCUUCAAUUACCUUGGAGGGUUAGCAUGCAUUGUACCGUACAUGCCGGUGUUUAUGUUUCAUCUCGGAUUUAAUGAAAGUGAAGUUGGUGUAAUCUAUGGAAUUUUGCCGUUUAUUGGUUUAUUAUCGAAACCAUUAGGAGGGAUUGUAGCAGACAAGUUGAACGCUCACCGGUUGGUCUUGGUGGUGGCCUUGACCAUUCAAGCCGUUUUCACCUUUGUUGUUUAUUAUUUGCCCCCUGUUCCGCUGGUAACAAGUUCGCAUUCCCUCCAGCUAUCUUGUAAUCAGCAGUUAACGACCAUACGCUUGAGUACGAACGGGACGAUCUUCUGCGGAGAGGAUUCCUCCAAGCUGGUACAGUGCUACUUCCGUGAUCCUGAUCCAUAUGUAUUCAGAGCGCUAAACAUCAGCCCACAGCCGAUGCCAAUUGAAUUCACUGUCACAAAACGCUCCUGGCCGAACGUGACUAAUGACUCCACCAACGCAGAUCCGAGCGGGACGAUGUUUCCGGUGGAAUUAUUUUAUCAAGGACAAAACCGGACAACGUGUGUGGACUCUGUCUCGUCCUCGAAUUGUUCGGCCAACAUUUGCCCGGACAGUUCUACACAAUCUACGCCGUUCGUUAGAUUUUCGUUUCAGUUCUGGUUGUUGUUAAUUGUUCUGACCAUAUCCCGAGUGGGCUAUGCGGCCACUUAUUCCAUUAGCGAUUCUGUGGCGUUUGAUCUGAUCAGCCAACAGAAGAAACCCGUAUCCUAUGGAAUGCAGCGCGCAUUUGGCAGUCUGGGAUGGGCGUCGGCAGCUGUUGUUGUGGGAUUUUUGUUGGAUAAAUUUUCCAACACCGUCAAGGAUUAUCAGAUCGAAGAUUAUGCACCGGCUUUCUAUGGAUUUGUUAUUUUGAUUGGAUUUGCCAUUGUUACUGCACUGUUCUUGAAACCGUCGGAGAACAUUCGUUCAACACAGGUGUUGAAAAAUAUUGUGAAACUCUUCGAGGACGGUGAAUUCAUCAUUUUCAGUAUUGGAGCGUUUCUGGUUGGAAUGCUGACCGGUCUUUUGUACACGUUUUUGUUUAUCUACAUCGAAUCCGAGUUGAAAGCGGUGAAGCUGGUGAUGGGUCUCACUCAGCUGGCUGAGUGCUUCGGUGAAGCGCCGUUCAUGUUUCUGUCCAGUUGGAUUAUAACCCGGAUGGGUCAUCAUGGCGCGAUGACGGCAGCGUUGGCCUCGUUUUGUAUUCGUUAUAUUGGUUACUCAUUGCUGGGAGAGAAUUACUGGUGGAUUCUUAUCCUGGAGUUGUUCCAUGGUCCUGGAUUCGGUUUAUUUUACGCUAACAUGGCCACAUUUGCUAACACAGUGGCACCGGCUGGUGCGGCGGCCACGAUGCAGGGGGUGUUGGGAGGGAUCUAUGAUGCAUUUGGAAUUGGUUUUGGUGGAUUGGUGGGUGGUGCGGUGUACUAUCGAUUUGGAGGCCGGUUGGCAUGGCGAGGAUUUGGUGUUGCCGCCGGGAUCGCGGCGAUUCUGUAUGCAGCCACGGCGUUCUAUGUUUACCGACGUAAAGCCCGUGCCAAAAUGUUGAGUGAGCUGAAUAAUGGGUCACUACAAGAUAUUGCCACCACUACAAACGGCUACGAAACACCGAUCCCGCCUGAUACUCCGUCAGAAAAGGAACGAUUGACUACGUGAUUGGACUUGCCAGUAUGCUUGCAAAAAAAGAGUGCAUUUUUCGCACUCGGUGCAGGAGAAUUCAGUGUUCUCAUAUUAUUUAACUCCCUUUUCAGUAUGUUUUUUACCGCGUGCUUUUUGAUCUAUUUGCCCGAAGAUAUUGUUGCACGAAUUGAUUUCAUGCCCGAUCUGCGUUGCUUCGAGAUUAUGAUGGUAUACAAAAUAAAUAUCAACAUCCGAAG